CAAACUUCUAUCCUCCAAUUGAAAGAAAAGCGCUAAUCAAAAGCCAGUAUUGAGGUGUGGAGUUCCAUGUGUCUGGACGGUUUGGCAGCUGGGGCUGUUCGGGAACCGCCAUGAUGGCCGCUAGAGCAUCCUCGAAGCAAUGACUUCGAGCAGACACCAAGCAAUUACAAUGCAGGGCCUUCUCGAGCACUUGCAGGAGCUCGUUACCUGUCUAGCCGAUCAUCGGGACGAGUGGGAUUGCAGUGUAGUAGAGAUCUUCAAUGGGCCUCUCCGCGACAUCUUUCCAACUGAGUGGAUGGUAGCACUGCAGGCGAGCCGCACAUCCGACCUUCUCCACAUACCCGCUGGAAUGAUCAAGGACGAAUGGCCCCUCUCCCUACAGAGCUUCAUCUCUACUGCGCACCGCCUCUCCCUCAAGCGCGACCCCACAACCGCUCUUCCCCUGUCAUUUCCUGACACAUCCCCACCCAACCUCAAUACUGAAACCCCCCCUCCAGAUGCAAACCCUCUACAGUCACAACACGGGGUCCUUCAACUCGCAGAAGCUUACGAGGCACCACAGAACGCCCCUGGUCCGGUUGCCGGUUUUCCACCUGGUACCCCCCCUCCUGGUCAAGGUCAAAAGGACCCCCCCGAAUCUGUGGAGUUGGACCAUGUGGUGGCUCAGGGAAUGAGCCCAAAGAAGCGGCACGAGGUGGCGGCACUGGCGGCACUGGUUGCCAAGGUUGCAAAGGAGGCAGGAGCUACUACUGUAAUCGAUAUUGGUGCUGGCCAGGGCUACCUGUCCAACGUCCUGUACUACCAGUACGGUCUUGACGUCAUUGCGGUUGAUGCCGCCCCCGGUCACGCUGGCGUCAUGCAGAAGCGCUCGGGGUCGAUCUCGAAGUACUUCCGCAACCUCCGUCGCAAAGCAAGAGAAACGAAGCUCGCCACCAGCAAUUCUAUCCCCCCUCAUAACGACAACGGGCUCUUUCAGGAAGAGCCGGCUGAAGGACUUGGUUUUGAUACAAUUAGCCAUGGCAAUGAAACGGGGGGUGCAAGAAAAGGGCGAUCCAGAAGACAGCGGGAUGACGUCAGGGAGAGUGGACGGACGUCAGCGACUGAGGACGGGUUGCUCGAGGGGCCCAUCGCAGUGACGUCAAAGAUUGACUUCGGCAAUGCGGGAGCGGUGUUAGAAAAGCUUAGGCUGGAGCUUGCGAGGAUAGGAGAUGGACACGAGAAGCGGGGUGCGGAGCAUUUACUGGACGGCCCGGUGGUGCUCGCUGGACUCCACGCGUGUGGCGAUCUCUCGGCCAGCAUGCUCAGGACGUUUGCUGCGUGCCCAAGCGUGAAAGCGGUCGUCGUCGUCAGCUGCUGUUACAACUUGGUCACCGAAGCCUCGAGCGAACCUCCGUCUGGAAACUCCCCUAACCCAACCGGCCGCCCCAACCCCAACCUGCGAGCAAGCGUUCGAGGGCCGUCCGACAGUCUGCGAAAUGGCCCGUCCGAAAGCGGCGGACAUUCUUCACCCUCUCCCCAACAUGGCUCCUCCGGUAACGUCCGAAAUCCAUCCGACCGUCCAGAGUGUGACCCAUGCACCGAUAAGCGGGAGCCGUUUGCUCGUCCGAAGAAUAGCUCUUCCGAAAGCGGCCGGAAACGUUUGGACGCUAUGCAGAACGGUCAAUCCGGAAGUCUUCCCACGACUUCGGACACUAUUGAGAACGGUCGGUCUCAAAAUUCCCAAAAGCCCUCAGCUUGUGGCAAUAGCGCCCUUCCCGGCCCUCCCCAAACCCCCCAAUCCUUACAUCCGGACAUUCAGGAGGAUACGUCUGCCCUUGAAAGUUGCCCGGGGUGUUGUUCCGAACCUGGCGACGCAAGCCGUAAACCGUCGGGGCUGGUGGGACCUUCUUCCGGGGCGUGUUCACACCAGCGAUACGGGUUUCCGCUCAGCGCGGCGGUGAAAGCCACGGGGUUUGGGGGCCUGGGAAUCAACGGCCGGAUGCUCGCCUGCCAGAGCGCUGACAGGUGGCGCGCGCAGAGCGAGGCGGGGUUCGCUGACGUCAUCACGAAGCACACGCUGAGGGCAGCAUUCCAGACGCUCCUUGCGAGGCACUUCCCGGCCGUUUGGGCGACGAAGCCGGUGCUCGGGAAGCAGAAGAAGCGACCGGUUAGCGGAACUCCGGUUAGCGCAGCCCCGCUUAGCGCAACCCCGGUCAGCGAAACCCCGGUUAGUGGACCCCUGGUCAGCGAAGCCCCGGCUAGCGAACCCCCAAUUAACGGUUGUUCGGUUAACGAAGAAACGAGCUCGGCUAGGGUUGCCAAAGGGGUUGAGGGAAGCAAACACGAGACUAGUGUAGCAUGCGCGGGGGAGCGAAAAGCGAGCCAAAACGGUGCAAAUAUUAGAAAGAGCGGGAGUGGAGCUGAGAAUAGAGACGCGAGCCCGGGAGUGCACUCAGAGUGCCGUCCCGAACUUGCAAACGAUAGGUUGAAGGAAGAGAGGUCCAGUCAUGUGGGGUCUUCGCCAUCUUCAAUCGUCAAAAUUGGCCCGUCUGACACCGACUUGAUUUCCGAUCACACCCUCCCGUCCUCUCUUGGUCCCUCGUCAAAGCGGACCGACUCAGCCGGCCAAGCGACACCUGUAGCAGCGGAAGCAGGCCCCCUAGAAACGAGCUUCCGAGCGUCUUCCCGGGUGUAUGAAGACGAAAGGUCGUCCCCAGAGCGCGCUAGCGAGCGCGCGCGCUUUGUGGAGUUUGCGAGGGAUUCCCUGCAGCGGCUGGGCCUGCCGGAAGUGAGCGAGAACGAGAUCGGGGACGUCUGGGAGUCUCUCCGUUCGUCAAAGGAUCUCGUCGGACCCUUUUGGACCCUUCGGACGGCCAUGGCGGGACCCUUAGAGUCACUGAUUUUACUUGACCGGUUCAUGUACAUGAACGAGUGCUUGGAGGGUACGAGCGCGUCACUUCCAGAGCAAGGAAAGCUGUACACUGGCAGUUUAGGAAAGGGACAGAGAUCAACUGCGUCGAAAGGUGGGGUGCGAAUGUUUCCCCUCUUCGAUCCCGAGAUAUCGCCUAGAAACGUAGUGAUUGUGGGCCAGCAAGAGUAGGCUCAUGAUCGAGAUCACUACUGUUUGAACCGGCGGCACACUUCUUGCAGUCGCAUGAUUUUGGGUUGCGGGAGCCAGUGAGCGCAUCAUGGCAUGCAGUUCAGUGCCCGUCAGCAGCCGGAUAGUCAAUCAAUCAGAAAACCCAUGCUAAGUCCAACCCGAACCUAACGCUAUAUAGGGUGUCAAUUAUGACAUGCGGUCAUUAAAAGAUUGGGAA